GGCUUCACAGCGCACGCUUCGACCUGUGUAUCGGAAACAGCGUGAGCUCGGUGCGGAGGAGGUGAUUUAAAAGUCUGACUUUAAGCGAAAAACCUCGUUUAAUUCACUUUUUGAGAGAAACAUCCUCCCCUCCAGCAGCCAUGCAGCUGUGCGGAGUUUGCAGCGAACAGAUUCCUAAAUACAGAUGCCCGACAUGCAGAAUACGAUACUGUUCGUUGGGUUGCUUUAAGAAACACAAAAGUGAGGAUUCAUGCCAGCAGGUGAAAGAACCUGCCCCUCCGGUCACCACACCACUUCCAGAUGCCUGUCAGAGCAGUGCUGACCAGCCCUGGACUGUUGAUGAUCUGUUGGAUGAGGACAGCGAGUCGGACAGAGUUCCCCUGCAGAAACUUCGGCAAUUAGGGGAAUCGGAGGCCCUUAUGAGUGUGCUGCAGAACCCUCACCUCAGGGAGCUGCUGAUGACUGUAGAUUCCGCUGAGGACAAAGCAAAGGCCAUGAAGAAGGCCAUGCAGGAGCCAUUGUUUGUGGAGUUUGCUGACCAGUGCUUGAAAAUUAUUGAACCAAAAGAAGAAGGAAAUGAAGAAGCAUACUGAACUGAUCAACCAGAUCAGUGUUCCUAAGGCAAAGCAUGACUGGCAUUGUGUAUAUAUGGACUGUUGCAACUGAUGACUAAUUGUUUUUGGCUCCCCUGAAGAACAUGGACUGUACUUCAUUCUAGGCUUGUCUUGGGUGCUGUACAGUUUGAGAAGGUGUGAAAUGUGCUAAUUCAAGACUUUAUUUACAAGUGUGGGUUGUACUGACACAUUAUGGGCUCAUGUUUUCUAGUGUAACUAUUAGCUGUUUUUUUUUUUUUAAUUGAAGAUGUUAUGAACAAAUAAAAUGACAUUUUGUAUAAAGACUGAAAUGAGACAAUCCACACUUCUGGGGC